UUUUGGUUCUCCUUUGUAUUCAGAGUGACUGAGUCUGUUCCUUUUAGAUCCCAACUCUACAGCUGGGGCCUGAGAUAGGAGCUCCACAAGUGUGAGCAGAGGCAGGAGCCACUGGUCUGGUCCUCAUUUCUCGCUGACAGAAAGCUGGGAGCCACGAUGGGGACAGCCUUGCUCCCACUGAUGCUGCUUCUACUGCUCAACCAGAUGCUGUUCAGCCCUAAGUCCUGGGCCAGGGCCAGCAAUGAGGAGGAGGAGGAGGAGGCAGCUGCUGUGUGUGCUGGGACUGCCUGCUACACUGCCCACUGGGGCAAGCUCAGUGCCACUGAGGCCCAGCUCAGCUGCAGCACCAAUGGGGGAAACCUUGCUACAGUAAAGAGUGAAGAAGAGGCCCAGCAGAUCCAAGAAGCCCUGGCCCAGCUGCCUGACAGGGGGGCCCCGGCCCGGAUGGUCAAAUUCUGGAUUGGGCUUCAACGGGAGAAGAGCAAGUGUUUGGACCCCGAUGACCCACUGAAGGGGUUCAGCUGGGUUGGAGGUGGUGAGAACACAUCUUACUCCAACUGGUAUAAGGAGCCCAUGAGCACAUGUAUCUUCAAGCGCUGCGCCUCCCUCCUUGUGGAUUUUUCUUCAUCUUCUCUUGCUGCUGCCCAGGCCAUCCCGAAGUGGUCAGAAAGUCCAUGUGGCACACCAGGUUCACCAGGCAGGAACAUUGAGGGCUACGUGUGCAAGUUCAGUUUCAAAGGUAUGUGCCACCCUGUCGCUCUUGGGGGACCAGGUGAGGUGACCUACACGACACCCUUUGGGGCUACUAGCACCUCCCUGGCUUCUGUGCCUUUUGCUUCAGCUGCCAAUGUGAACUGUGGGUAUGAAGGAGAAAAAAAAAUUCACUACCUUGUGUGCAAGGAACGGAGUCCCAACCUGUUUGACUGGGGCAUCCCAGGCCCUUUAUGUGCCUCCCCAACUCAUGGCUGUGCCUUCAACAAUGGUGGCUGCCAGCAGGAGUGCUUAGAGGGGGCAGAUGGUUCAUUCCUCUGUGGCUGCCGUCCUGGAUACCGUCUUCUAGACGACUUGGUGUCCUGUAUCCCCCGGGACCCUUGUCAUCCCAACCCAUGCAGGGGAAAGGCAAAAUGCAGCCCUGGAAGUCAUGGACAGCACUAUGAGUGCCAAUGUCCUGCAGGCUUUAAGCUCACUCCAAAUCGACUGGAUUGUGAUGAUGUGGAUGAGUGCACUGGAUUCCCAUGUGCCCACAAUUGUGUCAACACUCCUGGUAGCUUCCAUUGCACCUGCAAUCCAGGUUUUGAGCCCCAACACCACAAAAGAAUGGAAUGCUGGGACAUGGAUGAAUGUGCUGGGGACCGCUCCCCCUGUGCACAGCUUUGCAUCAACACUGUAGGCUCUUUCCAAUGUGCCUGCCAAAAGGGUUACAAGAUUACUGGGGAAGAUGGCACCCAGUGCCAGGAUGUAGAUGAAUGUGCCGAGGCAAGAAACCCUUGUGAAGGCCUUUGCUAUAAUGUACCAGGUUCUUUCCAGUGUGGCUGCCUGCCAGGAUGGCAUUUAGCACCCAAUGGUGUCUCCUGCAUUGCCAACCACACCAUAUCAGUUCUUCCACGUAGCAGUCAGCAAGGGGAUGAGAAGGAAGGAGAGAAGAUCAAUGAAAUAGAGGAUGACAAAGGGGAAAAGGAGAAAGAAAAAGAGAAUAGUGGUUCUCCCUCAGUUCCAGACACAACCAAGAGACCUGUGGUCACCCCAGGAGCUAAUGUUUUCUACCAUGUGGCACCUACACUGGGGGAACCUUCCCAACAGACUAAUACUCCUAUCACUGAAGACUCUUCCAAGCCUCCUACAUUCAGUAGGAAACCAAGAAUUCAGGUGAUCUCCAGCAGCCUCCAGCCUCCAGUAAUCACCACUGAUGGAGGAUCUCAGAAAGGAGAAUCCUUGGCAAAUGGGAGUAAUGAUUACAAUGAUGACCAGAAAUUGCUCUUGUUUUAUAUCUUGGGGACAGUAGUAGCCAUCUUGCUUAUUCUGGCAAUGGUCCUGGGGUUAGUGUUCUAUCGAAAGAAGAAAGCAAAAAGGGCAGAGAAGAAGAAGUCUCCUCAGAAUGCAGCUGACAGCUACUCCUGGGUCCCUGAGCAGUCUGAAAACAGGGCAGUAGAAAAUGAGUACAGGUAAAGGCUGCCAACCUGUAGGGAGGAGGUGGAGGCAAGAAAAGCCAGCAAGGGGGAGGUGGGAGGGAAGUGUUCUUGUUAUGAGACUGUGAACCCCAACAGAGAUCAAACUGAAGUCAGGAGACAAAGCUACCACAAUCAAUGAACAAUCUUUCAGAACAGUACUUUAAACUGCUAGAGACACCAGGGUAUUAAGGGUAUUUUGAUAUGUGUGUUUACAUGUAAAGAAUAUAUGAAUAUAUAUAUACAUAGCUCUUUGGGUAUAUGUCUGCACACAUAAUAAGAAUGGACUCCAAUACCUAUUACUUGUGUAACAGAUUAUGGGCAUUGAGAACAUUUGCCAAGAUAAUGUAUGUUUCAGUCUAUUGUCAUCAUUAACUUUAAAUGGCAUUUUAAAGUAAUACAUAAGUAUAUGUGCAUAUGUGUGUAUAUAUACAUAUAUGCACGCAUACAUGUAUAUAUCAGCAUGUUUUUCAACUUUGGAACUGGAAUGGAAACAAAAUGGUAAACCUGUGCUCUUGGGACGAUUUUUUUUUGUGUUGAUUCUUUAUGAAACAGAUGAUUUGGACUUAGAUUUCCUAUGAGUGAGCAGCAUAUAUAGUACCUUUAAAACCCAGGGAUGGGGUUUGUGGGAGAAGUGGAUUCUGGCACUAUGGUUUCAUAAAUGUUUCAUGAAUAUUAACAAUGGAAAUACACUGUCCCUUUUCUUGUUCUGUUGGGUCUUAAUAGAUAUUUUUUUCACCCAACAUUUUGUGAAGCUGCUCAUGUUAGGAAAAAAAAAAGGAAAAAGGAUAUGCUAGGAGAAAUUAUGUGUUAAGAGAAUUCUUUUUUGAAUCCUUUCAUUUCUUUUCAGUAGUCUAUUAGAAAAAAAGCUAAUUGGAUAACAACCACGAAUUCUUACUAUAUCAAUAGACAUAGUCCCUUGGGUCAGGUAGUUGGUAUUGAAGAAGGCAAUUAAUUGAAACUGCAUAUGUUACCAAAAUAUCUGUUUUUGUGCUGAGUUUUAUAUCCAUGGGUUGCAUAUCGAAGAAAUUCACUGGGAUGGGUAUAUAUGAAGUGAAUUCUGUUAAUAUCUAAGUCUUUAGAAGUCAGGAUUACUCCUUCCCAAGUUGUUAGUUUUUAAGUUAUUCAGAAGCCUAUGAUUUGGGGGAGAAUAGCAGAAAUUAUUUUAGGUGAAUUAAAGGUGCUAUUAUUUUUUAAAUGUUUAAUCCAAAGAUUUAAAGAAAGAAAAAUAAAAAGAUCCAAUUAAGCAAUGACCCUGGGAGAUUUCCAGAUCUGGUGAGCCAGCUACCAUGUAAGAUCUAGUCAUAUCUCCAAAAAGCCCCGAGGCCAUGUGGCAGCAGGACAAGGUCACAGUUCAUUAGGCUUGAACUUUAUUGCAGUGUUCAGUUACAGGAUGAAUUCAACCUGAGGACCCAUAUAUUAGCUAAUGUGGCUUGACAAUAGGGAUGACGUUUAGGCAUCCUUCAUGAACAUCCUGUUCAAGGGAUCUAAGAAACCAUUCCUUUUUGUUUGAGCCCCAACUGUAGUUGUCCACAUAAGUGAUUCACCUGGGUGAAGAGCAUUCCUUUCAUAUUGUUUUUUCUAUAUCUCUUGAGCCUGGGGCUGAUCAGGCUACUAAGUUCAACUGAAUGUAUAAUGUAUGCAUAUCUGUGUGUAUGUGGGGUGACUGAGUGGAUGUCAACUUCAUAUCUGGGAUAAGAAUUUAUUUUGGGAAAUGAGAUAGGUCCCCAGGGGGCUCUCUCAAAAGUGGAUGGAAUAAAUGUUAGUUCCAGGUGAUUGAGGGUAAAAUGAACUUUCCUUCUUUCUUUCUUUCUUUCUUUCUUUCUUUCUUUCUUUCUUUCUUUCUUUCUUUCUUUCUUUCUUUCUUUCUUUCUUUCUUUCUUUCUUUCUUUCUUU